AUGCACCAAAGAUGGCUGUCUUUACCGCUGCUAACGAGCACCGUCUCGGCAUUCUACCCCUACCAGGACGAGAGUAGCAAGAGCAAAAGAUUCUACCCUACAUUGCCGCAGCAAGCAAACGAGGAGGAUUCAGGCGUAUACACUCUCGAUCUCAAAAAAACCCCAAGGAAGCGUCAGAAUGCAUUCAUGAUCGACGAGUCCAGCGAUCCGAGCGAGCCUCAUGCGCUGGCCAUCCACCAAGAUGGAUCCGACUAUUCGUACUUCUCCUCGCUUCUGUUCGGGUCCAAAGGUCAGGAGAUGCACAUGCUAGUUGAUACAGGCUCAACAAAUACUUGGGUGUUUGGGUCGGAUUGCAGGUCCAGUGCUUGUUCAAUACACAACACUUUCGGUUCCGAUGAUUCGACUACUCUCAACACCUCCACCAAGACCUUCAGCCUCGCGUAUGGUACAGGUGAAGUCGAGGGAGUGAUGGCGGAAGACAAAGUCGCCUUUGCCAACUAUACGCUGCAACUUCAGUUCGGUCUUGCAAAGACCGCAUCAAAUGACUUCAACAACUAUCCUAUGGAUGGUAUUCUCGGCCUCGGUCCAGCAUCGUCCAAUGACCUUGGCUCUCAGACCGUCAUGCAGGCACUUGACGUGCAGACCGGCCUCAAGGACAACAUCCUCGGUAUUCACCUACAGCGUGCCACUGAUGACACGAAGGAUGGCCAGUUGACUAUUGGUGGCGUUGACAGCUCCAAAUUCAAGGGCGAUUUGAGCUACACCCAGACUAAGAGCGGCAGUAGCUGGGAGAUACCAGUCGACGAUGUCUUCGUCGGCGGUCAGGCUUGCAAGUUCACCGGCAAGAGUGCCAUUAUCGACACGGGGACCUCAUACACGUUGAUGCCCCCAAACGACGCCAAAACUUUGCACGGCCUUAUUCCGGGCAGUUCCAGUAGUGGCGAGGCCUACACUGUGCCUUGUGAUGCAAGCACUACCGUCGAGGUCUCGUUCUCCAAAGUCAAGUACAGUAUCUCGCCGAAGGACUACAUCGGCAGGCGCGGAAGCGGCAACACAUGUGCGAGCAACAUCAUCGGCCAUCAACCCUUCGGUGCAGACCAGUGGAUCCUCGGCGACAUCUUUCUGAAAAACGUCUAUACUGUCUUCGACUUUGAUAAAGACCGGAUAGGAUUCGGCACCAUGUCCGGCACUUCCAGCACGUCCUCGAGCUCCUCGAGUUCCAACAGCGGAUCGAGCACCUCUGAUGCAAGCAGCUCGCAGACAUCGAUGGCUACGACCACUUCGUCUGGCGGCGCCAGUUCUACCACCGGCGACGAGGCUCAGGAGACAUCAGGCAGCACCGACUCAUCGCCUUUCGGAAAUGACGGGGAAUCGUCUUCCAACUCCGCAGGUGGUCGGCUCACCUUGAACAGAAUCGGUUGGAUGCUGAUAAGCACGGUGGCUGUGGGUCUAGCAACGUCGUAG